CAUGCGUACUUUGCUGAGAACAGUCAAGUGUGCAUUUUGUGAAAGUUACGCAUUGUAUUUUUCAACUAGUCAACAGCAAGCCAUGUUGGCGACAGGUUUUGAUUGCGGUUUCGACUUACGUUUGACAAAUUUGUCGUGAUGAUCUUGAUUAUAUAUUUCUUUUAAUUAUUUCUAACAUUUUGCAAGAUCUCUUGUUACAUUAUUUCAAUUAAUUUUAUGAAUCAUAAAUUUCAUUAUGGUAAAAUUAACAGAAGAAAUGGUCGUGGCUCGGACACGAAUGUCCGACUUCUCUGCUGUGAAGAAACUUAAUUGUUGGGGUACAGAACUGACUGAUGUAAGCAUUUUAAGGAAAAUGAAAAAUGUGGAAGUACUGUCAUUAAGUGUAAAUAAUAUCAAUACUCUUGCUGAUUUUCAAUACUGUUUAAGUCUUCAAGAUUUGUUUGUAAGAAAAAAUAAUAUUAAAGAUUUGAAUGAAGUUUGUUACCUUCAAGGAUUACCUCACUUACGAAAUCUAUGGCUUGGUGAAAAUCCUUGUGCUGAAAAAGACGGAUAUCGAAUGGCUGUUUUGAGAGCUUUGCCAAACUUACAAAAACUUGAUGACAAAGUGGUAUCACCUGAGGAAGUGCAAACUGCAUUAACAAGGGGUCGAAUUUUAGUUCAUCCUCUUGAUAUGGAUGCAUCUCCACCACAGUCAGAUACAGUUAGUCCAGAAGAUAUUGCUACCGAAUAUAUUGGAGAACCGGAAGGUAUAAGACAUCGAAGAUAUAGUUCCUCAAGUGAUCAGAGAAGUUUUGAAGAACCACAACAUACUCAAGAAGAAUAUCAUGAUCCAGAUCAUAGAAAUGCAAAUUACAGUACUUCACCAUCUCAUCAUUAUUCACAAAAUAAUCAAUAUACAUAUGAACUACAGAAUGGACAGUCAAAGAAUCAAAGCAAAGACGACACUGCACGUACAGAGUCACGCAGCGUCAAUGAAAGCGUGGCCACUAACACUAUUGAAAUAAUCAAGGAAUACGAUGAUCGACCAGCAGUUUCAAGACACAAUGGAGAUUAUGAUGAAAGACGAAAUUAUGUGGAGUAUAGCAACAACGAUACCCCUCAACGUUCUUAUCCACCAACAUCUCCUCGAAUGCAGUUCUCGGCGAAUGAAUCCAUAGAUGAUAGACGUGCAGAGAGAAACCAUUAUGAUUAUGAUAAUAGAUUGAAACCAGAAUAUGAAGAACAUCAUGAUCAAAGGAUAAAGUCAGAUUAUGAGGAACAUCAACCACCAUCUCAGCCUAGACGAAUGGCUGUUCAUAAUGCCGAAAGGGUUAGAAUUGAAGAUUCAUCUCAAGUGCCUGGAUGGAUAAGACAUUCUGAGAAGGACAAAUGUAGAUCCCAAUUUCAUUAUCACAGGAGACCUGUUACAAGAAACUCAAACAUAUUGUCAGCUGUAUUAUGCUUGGUUAAAGAGCUUGACUAUCCAAGUUUGGAAGUGGUAGAAAUGGCUGUUAGAAACCGAAUGGAUGAAUUGGAGGAAUGAUGUUUCUGACGCCGUCCCCAAAACACCCAGGGGACGGUCGCCUUCUCUCACAUAGGCAGCAUUUCCUCGAUUCCAAGUCCAGAGUUCUCGGAUUCUAUUGACGCUGCAGUAAUUUCUUGCCAGUGUGUUGAUAAUGACGCAAAUUUAAAUCUUGACCAUCAUUCGUGUAAUAGGCAUUCAAUGGAUGACAAUGUUGAUAAACGUCAGACUCGUCAUAAUGGAUGUGCGGAAAGUUGUUCGAUGCGAAGCCCAAAAAAUGUAUCCAUCAAUUCAACAUCAAGGUAUUUCGGAAAUAAUCAAUAUAUGUAUAAAAUCAGAGACUCAGUACCGGAUAACUUGAUGUCGGUAGUUAAUAAUUGCGAAGAGAAAAAGGCCAAUGAUGUUAGAAGAGUGGCUAGUAGUGACAGUAUCCCGAAAGGUAGUUAUAAUGGAUUAACUUUGAGUCCAGGAUGUAGGGUUUUAAGUCAGGAUUGCGUAAGAAGAUCGAAAAGCCCUGAUAUUAGAAACACGGUUGUCCCUCUUCGUUACAUUCAAUCGGCAAAAGGGACUUGGACAUACAAUUUGUAAAUUAAAAUAUAAGCUACAUUAAUAUUCUGUCGAAACAGAAAGAUUCUUGAUGAAAUAUGUUUCGAGAGAUUCCUAAAUAUUAUUAAGAUAAUCAGUGUAUAAGUUAAAAGAAAUGAUAUAGUUUCGUCCAUUCUCUGGACAAAGAAUACACACAUACAUAUAUGUAGAUAAGAAAUUAUAGACUCUGAAUGGUUAUAUUCUACCAGUGUCACGAAUUUAUUCGAACUUCAUCUUAAAAUGGAUGUAUUUCCACUUUCAAAGUUCUUUUCGCUCAGCAAUUUUAAGGAAAUUAAGUUUCCUUGGAUUUCUUUGCGAAUACGCUGUGAUAUUGACCCAUUGUUCGAUGUUAAAUUCAGCAUUUAAUCAUUUUUCGAGAUAAUUAUUUCGAGUUGUAUAGUUAGAAUUGGUUUUUCUAUUAUAUUCGUAACUAAAAUUGAGUUACUAUUGAAAUAAAUUCAUAAUUUAAUAUUUUAUAGUAUCUUCUGUUUCGAUUGCUUCUUUCAACUUUUUUUUUACCAAAGGAAAAACAUUCAAACAAGUCCCUUUAUAUACGAUAAUACAUUAGAUACAGUACGUGAGCAUCUUCAAAAUGGCAGCAGGUUUAUAUAUUUUAGAUAAAUGAUAUAAAAAUCAAAGGUAAUGAAUUUUACAUAGUUUAAAAUGAUAUUAAUUUCCUUUUUUUCAGUUCUGGCACACAUAAUGAAUUUGAUUUAAAAUGCUUUUUAUAAUUGUUUUGUGAAUGAUUGACUAUCUGUUUUCAAAAAUUGUCUAUAAAUUACAAUGUAAGGUAUUUAAUUAAUACUUUGUACAUAAAGCAUACAAUCAAAGGCAAGUUUAAUAUUUUUUAUUCGUGAUGAAUCAAGUAUUUUUUUAAAUUGUAGAUAACUUUUAGUUAAGUAAAAUAUUCUACUUAUGUUUGAUGCCAGCAGACACGUAACUUUUAUGAUGUGCAAUAAUUUAUAAAAUAAAAUAUUACGUAAAUGUAUGUAUGUACAUGUGUACAGGGUACUUGACAAUUUUUGGACAGUAUGUUUAAUAAUUAUUAUAAUAGAAUACUGUUGAAUAUCAUUAAAUAUUAUAACUGCUUUUUUUUAA